ACAGGUUUAGCUUACAAAACCAAUCAACGCGACUUUAUUUUUGCCUUUUUCCCUCUUUGAAUCUAUCAAUAUUCCCUAAUCCCGAAAUUACCCCUCUCAUGGCGACGAACGCAUCAUCGGAGCAUCUACUCCCGGAGACGACCAGACCAAGCGCGAUCAACAAACAACCGGAGUUUCCAGCAUCACGGUUCACGUUCAUGUCCCUCGUGCUCUGGUUCGAUCAGUCAAAUCGCGGCACGGCUCUUCUUUCGUGGUCUGUGUUCUUCCUUCUCGUCGUCAUCGUUCCAAUGAUCUCUCACUUCUUGCUCGUAUGCUCCGACUGCGAUUUCCAUCACCGACGACCGUACGACGCCGUGGUACAGCUUUCGUUAUCGAUUUUCGGCGGAAUUUCGUUCGUUAGCCUCUCGAUUUGGUCGAGGAAGUUUGGGAUGCGACGGUUUUUGUUUCUUGAUAAGCUUUGGGAUGCUAGCGACAAAGUUAGAAUCGAAUACGAAGCUGAAAUUCAGAGAUCACUAAAACGGCUACUGAUCUUCGUCCUCCCAUCACUAACACUCGAAGCAAUCUACAGAAUCUGGUGGUACAUCUCUGGCUCUAACGAGAUUCCUUACAUCAUCAAUCCUGUUCUUAGCCACGUCGUCGCUUGCACUCUCCAGCUCUCUUCUUGGCUUUACCGUAACUCCCUUUUCAUCAUCGUCUGCAUUCUAUACAAAAUCACAUGUCAUCUUCAAACUCUUCGUCUCGAUGAUUUCGCUCGCUGCUUCGCCUCUGAGAUCACUGAUGUUAGGUCAGCUCUCGGCGAGCAUCAAAAGAUUCGUCGUAAUUUGAGGAUUGUUAGUCAUCGAUUCAGGAGAUUUAUUCUUUUGUCUUUGAUUCUUGUUACUGCUACUCAGUUCAUGGCUUUGCUUACUACUACGAGAGCUAGUGUUGCUGUUAAUAUCUAUGAAGUUGGCGAGCUCGCGUUAUGUUCGUUGAGUUUGGUUACAGGAGUAUUCAUAUGUUUAAGAAGUGCAACGAAGAUAACUCACAAAGCUCAAUCUGUAACCAGCCUUGCUGCUAAAUGGAACGUUUGCGCUACAGUUGACUCGUUCGAUCAUCUUGAUGGCGAAACUCCUACUGGUUCGAUGAUUGAAUCUCAAGUUUCCCCAUGUGGCAAUGCAAUGGAUACGUCUGAUGAUGAAGAAGGAGAAGGAGAUGAUGAUCUUGAUAAUACCAAGAUACAUCCUAUUUACGCCAAUACAAUUUCUUACCAAAAACGUCAAGCUCUAGUGACGUAUUUAGAGAACAACAAAGCUGGGAUCACUGUGUAUGGAUUCCUUGUAGAUAGGUCAUGGUUGCAUACGAUUUUCGGGAUUGAACUCGCUCUUCUACUAUGGUUGCUCAAUAAAACAAUCGUGAAUAUACCAUGAACAAAAAGUUGGGUUAUAUGUAAUAUAUGAAUCGUUUUGGC